AUGGGCUAUGACAUGACCUCCCUGGUCCCAUCCGAUCAGGCCUUCUACGACAUCAUCCCCGGAGCCGGGUCGACUCCGGUCGGCUGGGCCACUCUGCUGGUCACCUUCGGCACCCGCGACAACUACCGCCCCAAGUACGUCAACUUCGAGGUCGCCGAGUUUGAGACCUCCGACCACGCCAUCCUGGGAAGACCCUCCGUCGCCAAAUUUAUGGCGAUCCCGAACCACACGUAUCUUCUCCUGAAGAUGCCAGCUCCAAAGGGGGUCCUCUCGGUCAACGGAGAUCUGCAGACCUCCUAUGCUUGCGAAGAUCUGCAGACCUCCUAUGCUUGCGAGGCCAAGAACAUCGAACUCUCCGACACCCUAGAACGAUCCAGGAACUCGGUUCUUGUUGCCCAGGUAGCAAAGAACCUCCCGGUGGACCAGCAGCCGAUCCCCGCCAAGGAGUCGACUUCCGAGUCGCAGCUCGCGCCAGCCGUGGCGACGAAGACCAUCGUCCUCCGAGACGAUGAACCGCGCAAGACCGCCGUGAGCGGGGCCAGCCUCGACUCGGCGUAG